AUGCGCAUUAUGCGCUUCAGUUGUGUGUUGUCGGUGCCGAUGGUCCUCCAAGCGCGGCUCCCUCUGUUGCAUCGGCGUAAACUACAGAGGCUGCUGCAGCCGCUGGUCUGCCGAGAGCAGCGCCCUCUGCAGCACCGGCGGCUGAGCAGCUGUGGCACUUGGGUGUGUCUGUUGAAAUCGAAGUUUUUAAGGUUUUUAAGGAGCAGACCCGUUUGCAGCAGGCUCGAUGACAUUCAGAGUCCCCCCAGUCUGGCUCUGCACACCAGCAGUCAGGGAUUUGGUGUGAACAUCCUGGGGAUCACCAUUGAUGAGAAACUUAACUGGAGCAGUGCGAUUAAAGCAGCCAUCCUGAUUCAGGGCUGGUAUCGUCGUUAUGUGGCACGAAUGGAAAUGAGACGUCGCUACACAUGGAGCAUUUUUCAAUCUAUUGAGUAUUCAGGAGAGCAAGACCAACUGCAGCUGUCCCACUUCUUUUCGUUUCUAAUGAACCACUAUGUGCAGUCAGGCGAGACAGGCAGUGACUGGCUUUCUCAUCUGUUGACCCCGUCAGGACACACGGGCGACAAUUCAGACACCGAGCAGGAGGCAGAAUAUGAAAGCAUCAAUGUUCCUGAUUCCUACACUGGCCCUCGACUGUCCUUCCCUCUGACUGUUGCAGAUGCCAGUACAUUGCUUAAAACAUUCAAACAGCAGCAACAGCUUCAUGGCCGCUACGUGCUCCAGCUCCUGCACGAAACCAGGAAGGCCUUGAAACAGAUGCCGAACAUCACGCACAUUUCAACAUGCUACUCCAAGGAGAUAACCAUCUGUGGAGAUUUACAUGGAAAAUUAGAUGACCUGAUGCUAAUAUUCUACAAGAAUGGUCUCCCCUCCCCGGAGAAACCAUACGUGUUUAAUGGGGACUUUGUCGACAGGGGGAAGAAUUCCCUGGAGGUGAUCAUAAUCCUGUUUGCAUUCCUCUUGAUCUACCCAAACGACGUGCACUUAAACCGAGGAAAUCAUGAGGACCACAUUGUGAACCUGAGAUAUGGUUUUACAAAAGAAGUUAUGCAAAAGUACAAGCUCUGUGGGAAAAAAAUUCUCCACCUGGUGCAAGAUGUGUUCAGUUGGCUGCCGUUGGCAACAGUAAUUGACUCGAAGGUGCUGGUCGUCCAUGGAGGAAUCUCAGACACAACUGACCUAGACUUCCUGGCCUCGAUAGACAGACACAGGUUUAAAUCUGCACUCAGGUCACAGGCCAGAGCCUUGGAAAACCCGAAUGAGAAAAGCUCAGGGAAUCUCUGCCUCAAGGCACAAGCUUCGAGCAGGCUGGACAAGAAUGGGAAUGUCCGACAGAAGCUGCCAGAAACUUCCAGCAUUUCCGCGACUGAUCGUUCCUCCUUUCGAAAGCAGAGGCUUGUGACCUCAUCGCAUUCCUCUGGGUCCAGCCUGAGUAGGUCUGAUGGUGAGCAAGAUGGAGGGAGGGAGGAAGGUGUACUCCAACAUGAUUCCAACCAGGAGCGACUGCCAGAUAGGGGGCACCACUUCACUCCUAUCCUCGAAGUGUCCUGCUUGGACUGCGAAGUGGCAUUUCCUAAUGACUUAUUGAGAGAGGAGAUGGAAUGGAAGCAGAUGGUAGACAUACUUUGGAGUGAUCCACGGAACUUCACUGGCUGCAUCCCAAACAGCUUCCGAGGCGGGGGCUGUUAUUUUGGUCACAAUGUGACAGAAAGCCUGCUGAAAAGAUACAACUUAGAGCUGCUGAUACGGUCGCAUGAGUGCAAACAGGAAGGCUAUGAACUCUGCCACAACGGAAAGGUCGUCACUAUUUUCUCCGCCUCAAAUUACUACGAAGAAGGCAGCAAUCGAGGGGCUUACAUCAAACUUGGUCCCAAUCGGGUACCUCGCUUUGUCCAGUACCGAGUUAGUAAAAGUACAAGGAAACUGACUCUUCGGGAGAGGGUAAGCGUAGUUGAAGCAUCAGCCCUGAAGUCCUUGCGUGAAAAGUUUUACGCACACAAAUCCGAAGUUAUUGAUGCCUUCAAACAAUAUGAUAAAGAUCAGACAGGGAAGAUUUCUACCAGUCAGUGGGCAUCGGCUGUGGAAUCGGUGCUCCAUUUACACCUCCCCUGGAGGACUCUACGCUCCAGGCUGGUGCGGGUCGAUGCUGAGGGCAGUGUGGAUUAUCUUUCCAGCUUUGAAGAUCUCCAGAUUGAGCAGCCCAUGAGAGAGGUUCAACCAAACCUGAUUGAGACUAUGUACCGGCAUCGGGCAGACUUGGAAAUCAUCUUUGGAAUGAUUGAUGAAGAUCACUCAGGAAUGAUCUCCAUUGAGGAAUUUCGCCAGACCUGGAAAUUGUUCAGUUCCCACCUGCACAUCGACAUGGACGAUGAGUGUAUUGAUGAUCUGGCUCGCAGUAUUGACUUCAACAAGGAUGGCAGCAUAGAUUUCAAUGAGUUUCUGGAGGCUUUCCGAUUGGUGCAGAAAGAUAAUCAAUAA